CAAUAAGGUUGGAAGAGAUGAAAGAACAACAUUUAUAAUUUGAAGUCUCUCUCUUUAGAAUUAGAACACAUACUUAAUCUCUUUUCCCCUCCUUCAAUCAGGUGUAGAAUUCCUAGGCAUGUUAUGCUCAAAGUCAAGCCCAAGUAUGUGAAAGGGAAAGAGCCUCCCUGAUGUUGUAUGAUAUAUGAGUAUAUCAGCACUUUGUCCUCUGCAACAUUGUUUGGGACUGAAAACGAGUGCAUUUUGCAAACCAAGAUCCACGGUGGCUUUGACGGUUGAAUCGAGCCGCACAAACUCACAUAGAGGAUGGCAUAUUAAGGAAUAAAUUUUACAGGGUCAAAUAGACUAUGAGUCCCAUAAAUAAACCGAAAUUUGUUCAUGUAAAAUUAAUGAAUGGAACCUACUACUGAGCACAUGUUCAUAACUUAUGAUAAAAAUACUGGUGAUAGAUAGGAUCAGGAGAAGAGAUGCGGAAGACACGAAGCCUCCUAUGGGUAAUUCGGGCAUCAAACCCGAGGGCCCUCUGAGCAAACGCCACAAUGCGUUUAACUUCUUAUACAUCUCUACUCCUUAAGUAGAAAGAAAGGCUUACUGUAAGAAUAAGCCAAGCAAGUUUCUUUCGUUAAUGGUGUCUAAAACUCCAAGAUGGUUGGACUAAACCAAAUAUCUUAGUUUAUGCAAACCACUGUACAGUUCUGUUGUGGAUAUAACUUUUGGAAUAGCUUAUUGCUCAUGACAUGCACAAUAAUACAAGACAAUUAUGCCCUAAUUUGUUUUGCGGGGGCAACACUAUGUUGUCUAUUUGCUUCUCCUCUUAAUUAAACAUACUAAGAUCGAAUUGUACUGGUCAAUUAUCUAUGUACGCAAUGAAUUAUUCAAGCAAAAAAGAAUUCCUAUAUUAGUAAUGAGGAACGCAUAUCAUGCAAAUUCUAAAAUAAUAAAUGGCUUGACUCGAUGUGUUAAUCCAUUAACAUUUUUUCCAACUUGGAACGACGACUAAGGAACAUCUACUAUAUGUACACAUAAACAUCAGCUAGUGAAAUCAAGAAAAGCUGCACCAUGACAGUUAUACCAUAUGUAUACCCAUAGCUGUUUUCGUGUAGAAUAUUAGGACCUAGCUAGUUAAAGAUCUCUUACAUUAACUCUCAAAAGACUUUUGCUAAUUUGAAUGCCAAGGUCAAGAAACUACACAUGAUCUAGCACUUAUUUCAGGAUAUCUCGUUCGCACCUUUAGAAGACUAUCAGUACAUUUUUUGCCGUUUACUAGCAAGCCAAAAGAAAUGUAAAAUUUAUUAGCACAUUUUCGUGCCUUUUUUCAGCUAGUAAUAAAUGUAGUUUGAAAGAUAUAUCUGUGGAGGAGCUGGUCACAACCACGUACAAGUGGGCACUAUUUCGUUUGCAACUAGAAUAUAUUAUAUAUGUAGUUUGCACGUCGUGUUCAGAGAGCUCAGCAUUAAUUUGAAUGCACUUCCAAUAAUUUCCAAUCCAUUUCUGGACCGCGUGCAUUCGACACAUAUUCCAUUGACUAGGUAGAUCCAGUCAAAGCAAAACUCAUGGGUCAAAUUAAACAUUCAAUGACAUUAGCACUCACUCAAAGGAGUCCAUACACUUCAACAUCAAUGUAAUCAACUAGUGCAAAUUAAAAUUUUAGUUAUUAUACACGUACUAGUUCCGCAUUAGGCGUCAUGAUCAUUCUAGUUGAUGCAAUUUUUACAAUGCUCGCUCCAUAUGUGUGUAUAAGAAUCGAUUUUUGCGAUACAUUUGGCAAUCACACUUCAACCUAGCUCACAAACGGUUAAGCAUUAUGGCCUCCAACAACAACAACAAAAUGGCGAAGGGGGGCAGUAGCAAGACAGUUACUCCACUAAGGAUUCAUUCGGCCUCGCCAACGCCUAAUACUCGACAACAUGAUGCCACGAGUUCACGGGCUGCCACGGGGGGCAGUAGCAAGACGGUUACUCCACUGAAGAUUCAUUCGGCUUCAACGACAUCUAAUACUCGACAACAUGAUGCGGCGAGUUCACGGGCUGCCACGGGGGGCAGUAGCAAGACGGUUACUCCACUGAAGAUUCAUUCGGCUUCGCCAACACCUAAUACUCGACAACAGGAAGCCUUGAAUGCACGGGCUGCCACGGCGAUGAGUAUGAAUCCUGUUACUCCAGUGACAUUGCGUAAUGCCGGUAAACAUGCAUCUUCAGCUAGUGGUAUGCCUGCGAGUGGAAGGAGACCAUCCACAACAGAGCAGCAGAAACAAAGUCAGGCAUCUUCUACUGGUUUGUACCUUGUCACUCGAGCUGGAGAUCAACCCAGACGUCAAGCCCCAUCAUCAUCAGCGAGCAAUAGGAAUGGGCAAUCAUCAGCAAGCAGCAGUCAAAGGGGGCAUGCAGAGUCUCAUGGUGCCGGAAAACCGAAGUCUACAGGAACAAAAAACAAGUGAACUCUAUAGUAUCUUGCUUAUGGAUGGCAAGCUAUGAUGCGUGUAGCAGUUCAAUCGUCCGAUGUUCGAUCUCUAAAAUAAUACAAAUAAUAUGUGUAUUGUACUCUCUUAUAAAUUGGUUGUAAUUUAGUCGGUACGCAAGUGGAACUAAGAGAAAUAUAUGAAUCUGUUACGUGUAGUGGUUUGUAAUUGCCUCUCGAUGGAUUUGCAUGCUGCCCCUAGUCCCUAUUUAUGUAGUGUGUAUUGAGUUCACAUGUAUUUGGGAUUUGGGGUUGUACUAAAAAGUAUUUCAGAGUGUGUAACUCACAAAAAUAGUUCAUUUAUCUUAAAGUAUUUACCAUGGAUGU